AAGCAAAAAGGUAAGGGGAGAGACACUGGAGUCCUCCCUCCUUUCCCCUCCUCCUCCUCUCGCCUGGUGGGGUCUACCGUGGCUCGCGGCGACGCUGGAGGAUCUGGGGGAUGCCUGCAAGGGGAAGAGCGUAAUCUAGAACACUGUGAUUCAUGUGCACCGUUUUCUAUAGGAGCAAUAUCACUGAGCCAUCAUCCAAUAUGAAAACGGAGGGGCGGAGCACUGCACUGGGGGAAGCACCGAAGGGGAAAGCAAAAUCUUUUCAAACCCUCCAGGCUGCAAGUGUGGGGGAGUUCCUUCAGAGGACAGCAGGAGAUUUGAUCCCUCAGCAAGUAAGGGACGGUUCUCUUUCCCUUGCCCAGUGGGAAGCCCAGUGGCAGGAGUUUCUCAUGACAUUGGAGCCUCCUCAUUCUCGAUGGGGAAUCCCACACUUGCCAGAGAAACCUUCGCCUUGGCACGAUGCCAAGGCCUUUCUGACCUCCUUUGAGCAAGUAGCCGAAGCCUGUCAGUGGCCUGCGGAAGAGCGAGUGAAUCACCUCCUGCCGGCCCUCAGUGGAGAAGCCGAGAAGGCCUACGUCAGCCUGGAUGUCGGAGACAGAGAGGAUUAUGGGAAGGUGAAAUCGGCCAUUUUGCAAAGAGACGCCAUGAGCAGGGAGAAGCAGCGUGAAGAGUUCAGGCGGUUCUGCUACCAGGAGGAUGAGGGGCCAAGGGGGGCUUACCUCAGACUGCGGGAAAUGUGCCGCAGGUGGCUGAGGGUGGAGCAUCACAGCAAGGAGCAGAUCUUGGAGCUUCUGAUCUUGGAGCAGCUGCUGAGCAUCCUGCCCCCAGAGAUCCAGGGCCAAGUGAGGGAGAGCGGCCCUGAAAGCUGUUCUCAGGCGGUGGCCCUGGCCGAGAUGUGUCUCUUAAGGCAGCGGGAGGCCGAGAGCCAGGGAAGUCAGGUGGCCGUGGCGGAAGCAGCUGAGAGCGCUUCUGAGGCAGGCCAGGCUCCGUCCGAGGGCGAGUGGAGGCAGGUCUUGGUGGACAUCAAGGAAGAAGAGGACUCAGAGGACAGCCUGCUGGUUGGUGAAAUGCUCGAGAAUAAACGGGAUGGGGGACUCCAGGCAUUAUUAUCAGCACAAUGCAGGAAAGAAGAUGUGAAAGGAAGCUUCAUGAAUGGCAACGUACCAGUGAGGCAGGACAGAAACAGCAUCCCACAGAGGAGAGAUAAACCUAUUCCUUGCCAAGUAGGGGACUUCCAGGAAAUCCCACUUCAUCAGGAAAAGCCAUCUCAAAAGAGGACUGACCUUAGUGCUCACCUUUAUGGAGGAGAAAAUCAAAAUGAAAGCAUGGGGCUUGAAAAGAGCUUCGGCCAGAGCUUCAACCUGAUUUCACACCAACAGACACCCUCAGUUGAGAGACUGUAUAAUUUCUCAGAGUGCAGAGAGAGUUUUGGCUGGAGAACAGUUCUCACUUCACAUCAAGGAAUUGACGAGGGCGAAGAGCCAGAUGAGUUUCCGGAGUAUGAGAACGGCUAUAGUUGGGAAUCGCACGCAGCAGGGGAACCCGAUCAGAUCUCCGAGGCUGGAAGGAACUCCAGUGACUGCUUAACCUUUGCUGUGUCUCAAAGAAUGCACCCAGCGGAGAGACGGUAUAAAUGCCCAGAAUGCGGAAAGACGUUUCGGCGAGCAGCACACGUUCAGCAGCAUCAGAUAAUCCACACUGGGGAGAAACCGUAUCAGUGCUCCGAGUGCGGGAAGAAGUUUACUCGGCUUCCGUACCUGCAACAGCAUGAAAGAAUCCACACCGGGGAGAGACCAUACGAGUGCUCUGAUUGUGGGAAAAGCUUCAGUCGCCGCCGAAGCCUCACUGUGCAUCAAAGAGUUCACACGGGCCAGAGGCCUUUCGAGUGCUCUGAGUGUGGAAAGAGGUUCAGUUUCAGUUCCCAUCUUCAACAGCAUCUGAGAAUCCACACUGGGGAGACUCCGUAUCAGUGCUCAGAGUGCGGGAAGGCCUUCCGCCACCGCAUAAGCCUCACCGUGCAUCAAAGGGCGCAUAAAGGAGAGAGACCUUUUAAAUGCUUAGAGUGCGGAAAGAGAUUCAGUCGGACAUCUUACCUGCAAAAGCAUAGAAGAAUCCACAAUGGAGAGAAACCUUAUGAGUGUUCAGAGUGUGGAAAGAGGUUCGGUAUCAGGUCCUACCUUCAGCGGCAUCGAAGAAUCCACACAAGGGAGAGACCAUAUCAGUGUUUGGAAUGCGGAAAAAGUUUUAUUCAGCUGUCACACCUUCAGGAACAUCAGACAACCCAUAUGCCCCAAACCACAUACUUGAAGGUCUGGUGCCUCUAUCUUCAAAAAAUGCAGCCUGCCUUCAGCGACAUCUUCAGUAAAUUCCCAUUGGCUACAAAUGGAGCAAAAGCCACCGCAAAACAAAGAAUCUUUGGGCAACUUUUCUUUGGGGUGCUCAGGGCCCCGAUCUCUCCGAAGAGACCUCACAGCGAUCGCCACGCGGGGAUCAGGGAGGCGAGGCUGCCCGUCGUGGCCAGCGCCGCCCGCCAGAUGGCUCCGGUUUGUUGCUUUGCAAAGCGCAACCCUUCCUCGCGUUGUUGUCUUUCCUCGCCUCUGCUCGGCGACCUGGAGGGGCUGAGCUUCCUAGAGCAAAUGCUGCAAGAUCCGGUCAGCGGCGUCUAUGGAGAUGCAAAGCCUCGGUGCCGCGAUGCUCCGGUCCCCCCUGCUGUAAGGGGGCUCCGGCGGCAGCAGGAGGGGGAUCGGAAGGGGUGGCUGGGAUCCGGUUGCUUCCUCCCCCUCGUCUUCCUUCCUUUGCAAGACCUCCUCGUCGCUUUUGCAACCCUGCCAGCCACCUUUUGGGAACUUGCCCCCCGCCCCCGAGCCCCUAGUUUCAGGGGGGGGGGAAAGCCACGCUCCGGAAAGAUUGGCAACAUGAUGUGUGUGUUUGUCAUUGGAACAUUCCCUCCCCCCGGGGGAAGAGAGAUGAUGGCAGCGGAGGCAGCUCAGGCACUGCCGUUUUCCUUCGAAGAGGUGGCCGUGUACUUCACGGAAGAGGAGUGGGCGCUUCUUGAUACUGAGCAGAGAGACCUGUACUGGGAUGUUAUGCAGGAGAAUUAUGAAAACGUGGCAUCCCUGGCCGUUCCAAUACCAAAACCGGAAUUGAUUUCCCGGCUGGAGCGAGGGGAAGGGCCGUGGAUCUCAAAUCCCCCAGCUUUGGAGAAGAAGCCGUGGAUCCCCAACCCCCACGUGUCUGAAGAAAAGAAGCCGUGGAUCCUAAAUCCCUAUUCGUCAGAGGAAAAAAAUAUACCUGUUAAUAUUUGUGAAGGUUCUCUCUUACCCCUUUCCCACCUCUAUUCAACAGGGAUCCCAGGGAAUAACAUUUCUCUGGAUUCUCCCUCUAUCCCUGCAAGUGAGGUCAUAGUGAGUGAGAUCAAGGAAGAGAUCCCUGAACAGGAAAUCCCCAAACAAGUCAAGCCCCAAUGGACUUUACUGGGAUCGUCCACAGGGAAUGCCAACAUGAACCCUGAAGUCUGUGAGACCCGAUGCAGAUUGCAGACGCAGUGGGAGAUGCAAUCGGGAAACACGUGGCGAGAACCCUCCCGCCAUUUGAGGGCUGCAAACUCCAAGAGGAGCAUGUUCCACGUGGGCCGGAAGAAGCUCAUGUGUCCAGAGUGCGACCGGUGGUUCCACUGCAAAUCUGAGUUUUUACUGCAUUGGAGGACUCAUACUGGGGAGAAACCCUACGAAUGCCUUGCUUGCGGGAAGAGGUUCAUCCAGAGUUCCCACUUGAGCGCCCACCGGCGCAUCCAUACGGGGGAGAAGCCUUACGAGUGCCCCAAAUGUGGGCGGAGUUUCAAUCGCCGCUCCACCCUGACUGAGCAUCUAAGGAUCCAUACAGGCGAGAAACCAUACAAAUGCCUUGAGUGCGGGGAGAGCUUCCGCUGGAGGCCGUACCUGACCAAGCAUCAGAGGGUCCACACGGGGAACACUGCCUAUAAAGGCCUGGACAAUGGAGAGGCCAUGUUUGAGAACUCGCCCCUGGCCAACCAUAAGGGAAUCCAUCCAGCAGAGAUUGCUAUGGGGGAUGGGAAGGCAGAGGCUGGUCUCCAGAAUGCUGAGUCAGGUGAUCAGCAGGGGUCCAUGCAUAACCCAGAACCUUCCAACGGCAAGCAGGAUUCAGAGGGCCAGUCGCUGGAGAGGCCUAUCAAGACCGAGGCGGAGCUGACCCAUGAUGGGAACGACGUCACCGAUGUCAGCCAGAUCAAGAUCGUCCAGGUGGAGAAGAAGCACGUGUGCCACGAGUGUGGGAAAGCCUUCCAGUACAAGUUCGAAUUGGUGAAGCAUCACCGGACCCACACAGGGGAGAAACCUUUCGAAUGCCUGGCCUGCGGGAAGCGCUUUUUCCAAAGCACGCACCUCAAUGCCCACCUGCGCAUUCACACAGGGGAGAAGCCCUACGAGUGCCCCAAGUGUGGGCGGAGCUUCAACCGCCGCUCCACCCUGACUGAGCACCUGAGGAUCCACACAGGCGAGAAGCCAUACAAGUGCCUGCAGUGUGGGGAGAGCUUCCGUUGGAGGCCUUACCUGACCAAGCACCAGAGAGUCCAUUUGGGGGACAAUUCUUACAAGUGCUUCAACAACGGGGAGAGUCUCUACGACAGCUCCGCUAUUCCUGACCCUCUGGAAGGAAUCCACCCAGAAUAUUUGGUUUCCAGGCCUGACAUGCUGUCCCAUAGUGCACCACAGGAAGAGCCGUGGCUGCUCAACAGCCGGCACUCUGAGGAGAGGCAAGGCCUCAGAAUCAGCCGCGAAACUGAAGGACCAGUGGAGCCGUCCAGGGCCCUGCCUGAGAGAGAACUUGACCCCUCAGACUCUCCUCGAGGCCUCUCCCUGACUCGUAAUGGCAUAGGAACCAGCGACUCCUGUGACAGCAGGGUGACGGAGCACCUGCGAGAAAAUCCUCCGCCAAGAAGCCCUGAACUUGAACUCAGCGACGCAUUACCACGCAGAUCCUCGGGGGAUCUUCUCCCAAAGCCCAAGGUUGCCCUUGAAAGCAGACUUGGAUCAGUGGAACCGCCAGCAAAGGAAUCGGAGGGAUCUGCUCAGUGUGGGAUGGCUUAAAAUGAAGUAAUUCCAAAUGCCAGCUUCAUCCUUGACUCCACUGGAACCACUGGAGGAACCCACAUUAGGAAGACGGUGCGGUCCAUCUGAGCUGUUAGUCCAGAAGGAAAUAAAGGAAACCUUCAGAGUUUGCCUCACAAGCGACCUCUCUUGAAAAAAAACUUGAAAAACGCAAAACUGUGUUCUCACUCCUUCGCUAGUAUUAACGGCUAUUUGCCCAUCCAACCUGUAAGACACACAGGAAAAAGGGACUUCUUAGCUAAAUAUUAACAUUUUAAGGGCCACAUUUGUUUUUUUAAGCUGAUUUGUAGUGAUUGAUGUGCAUGUCACCCAGUCAUAAGCUAGUAUUAUCACCAGGGGUCUGAGAAAGUUGUCGUUAUGUUUCAGAAGAAUUCAUCCUGAGAGAAAUCUUGAUGGUUUAGGUUUUUGGAAGCGUCAACAUUUCAGGUGAUAUGUAUUUUUCUGUUCCACAGUUGGAUUGCACAAGUACAGAAGCUGAGAGAAUUCAGCUUCCUGAGUAAUUUGGGCAUAUCAAGUUUCUAGCCCUUAAGGAUGCAAAGGAAUCUGGGAAGCUAGUGAAUUGAGUAGGAUUACCCAUGGUCCGAGAGGUGGGAAUUGGGAUCCAAAAAUUUUAGUAACAGGUUCCCAUGGUGGUGGGAUUCAAAC